CGUAUUUAGCUCAUAAUUAUAGCUUUGUUUCGAGUUUGAGGCACUUUAACUGUGCCAUUUUUAUUUUCUUUGGCGAAAUAGCUUUGAAAAUAUUAUAUAUGGUGAUACUCUUUCUGUAAUUCUUUUUUUUUAAAUUUAUUUAUUCACUUCUAGGUUCAUGGAUUCAUCUAAUGUUAAACAUCCACAAUAUGCAUAUUUACCAUUUGGCGAGGGACCGAGGAACUGUUUGGGAAUGAGAUUUGCUUUGCUGGAGAUCAAGUUAUGUAUGGCUAACAUAUUGCAUCAUUACAGAUUUAAAACUCAUUCAACAACAAAAGUGUCUUUGGAAUACAAGAAAUAUUCUGCGUUCCUCAGUGUUACCGAACUACCUUUGGCUUUAGAGAAAAUUAAUCCAAGUGCGGAUUCAACAUCGUAAAAUUGAGAUUGCACAUUGGUUUUUAUUUUCACCCGUGAGAAGAUGGCAUAUUCAAGCAAAUUGAAAAAUAUCAACAUGCAUACUUCUUUUUGUAAAUAUGAAUGUAAUCUUCAGUAUUAAAACUAUUUUGUGUAUAAAGGAUGGUUUAUGAAAUAAAAAUAAACAGAACAGAGGAAAAAAAAUUGGAUUUAUUUCGUGUA